AUGUGGCACGAAGCCAGACGACAAGGAAAAAAAAUAACAGGAAUGCUGGUCGAUUAUAGGAAAAGAGCAGAACGUCGUAGAGACUACUAUGAAAGCAACAAAGCAGAUCCAACGCAGUUUUUGCAGAUCCACGGACGUCAAUGUAAGAUCCACCUGGACCCCAACAUGGCGACAUCCGCAGAAAAGGCCAUUAUGAUGUACUGGCAGGACAUUCUCGUCGACAGAUUUGACUUUUUUCCUGUCCAAUUAGAUUCCACCCCAUCCGAAGACGAAGUUCAAGACGAGGAACAAAUACUAACGCAGGAAGAACGUCAGAUUAAUUACGAAAGAUAUAGGAUAAUCGCUCAAAAUUCUUUCCUGAAGAUACCGGAAGAGAAAUUUUUGAAACAAUUACAUUUAGAAGAACAAUACGGUUAUAACGAUAUAAAAACUAAAAAAGAUUUAAGGACGGGCGUAUCUAUAGGCUUCAACUACGAAGAAAGCGAUAUAAUGAAUCAAAAUAUUCUAGAAGAAUCUGAUUACGACGACUCGGACUUAGAUUUAGACGUGGAUCUGAUUAUCAACGUUACGAAAUUAGAUAUGAGCCAAGCCAAUGAAAUGAAUAAGCACGGUUGCAGCUUUGGUAUGAGUUCAAACGAUUUUUAUUCAUUUCUUAUCAACGAUUUAGAGGAAGCAGAAGCAUUUAAGCUAGCUAGGGUAGAAGAGCAAGAAAAAGCUUUGUUUUCCGGAAGAAGAUCAAGACGCGAAAGAAGGUCGCACCGGGAAAGAAAGCUAGCCAAUAGAACGGCCAGUCCCCCGAGUUACGCAGCCAAAAGUUCGCCAGUAAGAAUAAGAACCAAUCGAUCCAAAUCACGAUCUAGAUCACUUUCACCAGCAAUUUUAGAGAAAAUAACUUAUAUAACCUCGUUUGGUGAAGACGAAGAACCUUCUACUAGUAAAUCAGUUGAAAAUAGAGCUAAAUCUAAAAGAGUUUGCAACAACAAAAGGAAUCACUAUCGAGGUAGAUUAAAGUACAAACGUAACACCAGUAGGAGAUAUCGAAGAAAUUCAAGCACAACUUCUACUUCCAGUUCAAGGACUUCUAAAAAAUCGAAGAAAUAUACUAGAGGUUGUAGAACACGCGACUAUUCGUCGUCGAGCAGUAGCAGUCAACAUUCUUCCCAUCAAGUAAAACAAAGCUGUAAAUUACAUACAAUAACUCCAGAACCUGUCAAAGUUUUGACCAGAUACUAUGGUCGGAAAAAAAGGGACACCUCGUCGUCAUCAGGCUCCAAUAAUUCGAAUUUAGAUUCGACAAGUUUAACUAGACAGACUCCGAUAACCAAUAAGAAACCAACAAACAAUUCGGUAAUAGAACGGCUGAAAAAGAAGAGGCAAGUGUUGAUAAGCAAGCGGUUUAAAGCGGAUAAAAUAGCUGAAAAAUUAAAAUCUGAAAGGGAAAAACUAGAGCAGCAAACUAGAGACGAUGAAUUGAGGGAGAUGUCUUUGAAGUUAAGGAGGAAGCAACGAGAAAUCAGACAUGCCAAUGACAGUUACAGCAAUUCCAGUUAUUCUGAUUUCAGUAGCGGCAGUAAUGAUUCAUCUAGAAGUCAUAGUAAUUGCAGAAGUUUAAAACGGACAAAUAGAGAAAGAAGCGUAAGCAAAGAAAGAAGACGAGAAAGGGGUAGAAAACAAAACAAGUCCCGUAGAGAUUCAAAAGAUAUCGAUGCUAGUUGUUUAUUAAAUAAACUAGUAAAUUAUUAA